AACCAUACAAAAACACAAAACACUUACAAACAAACUCCAUUUUCACUUGAGGAAAAACCCUAAUGAAGAGAUCUACGACUCUCUCUCUUCUAUUAGGGCUCUUAGCCCUACUGAGCUUUCUUAGCUUAACCGGAGCUCGGCCCCACCGCCAUUUCGACGAGGAGGAGCUAGGAAUUGUGCUCGGACCGCAUGAAUUCCCCGACGACGAUAACACGGAAGAUGAUGAUCUAGGCGACAUCAUCGGACCUCACGAGGUUGAAGUGAAGCGAAGCGAUUUCCCUGAUGAUUUCAUCUUUGGAACUUCUGUCUCAGCUUAUCAGGUGGAAGGUGCCAAAAAGGGCGCUGGAAGAGGCAUGACGACAUGGGACCAGUUUACCCACAUGUAUGCAGACAAGGUUCAAAACAAUUCUGAUGGAGACAUGGGAGUCGAUUUCAUUAACCGUUACAAGGAAGAUAUCCAAUUAAUGAAGGAACUGAGGACGAACGGGUUCAGAUUUUCAAUCUCAUGGACCAGGGUCUUACCUUAUGGACGAGUGAGUAAUGGUGUGAACGAGAAGGGGGUUCAGUUCUACAACGAUCUUAUAAACGAACUCUUGGACAAUGGAAUCCAGCCCGCGAUCACACUAUUUCACUGGGAAUCUCCUCUGGCUCUUGAAACGGAGUACAAUGGGUUCUUGAGCAAAGACAUUGUAAAAGACUUUCGAGAUUUCGCGAGAUUCUGUUUCCAAAGAUUCGGAGACAGGGUGAAAAACUGGGCGACGUUCAACGAGCCGUCGGUGUAUAGCGUCGCUGGCUACUCGAAAGGCAAGAAAGCGCCGGGACGAUGCUCUCCGUGGGAGAACGACCUGUGCAUGACGGGAGAUUCAUCUCGCGAGGCUUACAUCACUGCUCACAACCAGAUUCUUGCUCAUGUCGCCGCUGUCGACGAGUUCCGGAAAUGUGAUAAGUGCGAAGGAGGGAAGAUUGGCAUAGUGCUUGUUUCCCAUUGGUAUGAACCCAAGGAUCCCAAUUCCGAAGAUGAUAAGAAGUCGGCGAGACGAUCCCUCGACUUCCAACUCGGAUGGUUUCUUGACCCUCUAACGCGCGGAGAGUAUCCGGAGGUGAUGAAGGAAGACGUAGGAGAAAGACUGCCAAAGUUCACCCCAGAAGAAUCUAAGGUCUUGAAAGAAAAAUGCUACUUGGAUUUCGUGGGGCUUAAUUACUACGGAGCAUUCUUCGUCACCGCUAACGACAAAGUCAAUAUAUCCAAGCUCAGUUACGCUGCAGAUCUCGCCACCAACUUCACAACUGAGCAAAAGGAGUCACCACAUCUCAAGGCUUCUUCAAUGGGCAUUGUGGUGUAUCCCUUGGGUUUGAGACGGGUCUUAAAACACAUCAAAGACUAUUACAACGAUCCGGAGAUUUAUAUAAUGGAAAAUGGGCUGGACGAGAUGGAUGAUGGUCAGAAAUCGUUAGAAGAAGCCCUUAAUGACAAAGGGAGGAAAGAAUUCCUCAACAGUCACAUCUUAAUGAUGGGAAAAGCCAUCAGAUUCGAUGAAGUGAGAGUGAAAGGGUACUUCGUAUGGUCGUUGAUGGACAACUUCGAAUGGGAUAGAGGGUACAGAGUGAGGUUCGGACUCUACUACGUGGACUACAACGACGACAUGAAAAGACACAUGAGGUCUUCGGGGGAAUGGCUACGCAAAUUCCUCGACACCGACAUGACCAUUAGCGUCUGCUACUUCGAGAGCCACCGAGCCAAAGGGUACGCUCCCAAGUUGUUCGACCGAGAGUUCACCGAAUACGUCACCGAACCCAUGACCUACGCUAGCGACUUCAUCUGAGACUACGUGUUCGGUCAACUCUCUCUCUCUCUUCCACCCAGCAGCCACCUGAUCGGCCGAGCCAUCUCUUAGAGCUCGAGCUUCUCUCUCUCUCUCUCUAUAUAUAUAUAUAUAUAUGUGUGUGUGUAUAGUUAUAAUGAUGAUAAUGAAUAAUGCUUUGCUGGGUGUGUGUAAUGUUAUGUCUGUGUGUAUGUAAUAACAAUGAAUAAAGAGUGUGUUGACUAUAUGAACA